AUGGAGGAAACGAAAGAGCAGUACUGUCAGCCGAAGGUGAGGCUGUUGGCGCUACACCAAUUAACUUCCAUGGGUUUUAACUAUCGUGAAAGGGGGUAUAAGGCAUCAGAAUGUACCAAAGAGAAAUUUCAAACAACAGAUAGACGUGAGCAACCAAAUAAUGGGGUUGCAAACCGUAAUGUGCAUCCUCAUGGCCAGGGUCAACUCUUUGCUGUGCAACCUCCUGAGACGGAGAUAACUACUUUGGGAGGUACUUUCUUUAUUUUAGGAGAGCCUAUUAGUAUUUUAUUUGAUACCGGAGCUACUUAUUAUUUCAUUUAUGCUAAGUUAGUUCUCAUGGUUAAUCUUUUGGUGAAAGGGUGUGAUUUUCCUUUAUGUGUCGCUACUCCUACUAGUAGUAUGGUAGAGUUGAGCAACAAGGUCGAUGCAUGUCCUAUUAUGAUUGGUAAUGUUGAGCACUUGGCGGGUCUUUAUGUGCUGGAGAUGGUUCCUUACGAUGUAAUAUUAGGAAUGGACUGGCUAUCUUCUAAUUUUGUGCAAUUGGAUAGUGUUGACAAGACAAUCACUUUUGCAAAGCCGGGUCAAUCUAAGGUAGUGGUGCAGACUACAUCUCGAAGUCUGUUUGUUGAAGCUUUCCUUAGCCAUAUUGAGGGUGAAGUAGUAGAUAGUGAAUCUCUGCAUAUUGCGAGUAUACCAGUGGUGUCUGAUUUUGCGGAUUUGUUCCAAGAGGUUCCUGGAUUACCUUUAAGUAGGGAAGUAGAGUUCUGCAUCGAACUUCAACCAGGUACGAUACCAAUUGCUCGUGCUCCUUACAGAAUGGCUCCAAAGGAAAUGCAGGAGUUGAAGUCUCAGAUUGACCAGCUUUUAAGUCAAGGAUUUAUUCGACGUAUCUCUUCACCAUGGGGUUCUCCUGUUUUAUUUGUGAAAAAGAAAGAUGGUUCUUUAAGAUUGUGUGUUGACUAUCUGAACUGA